AUGAAGACGUUGACCGACCACCGCCUCCGGAUCUCCUACGCGGGACUGACCGAGCUCAGCACGCCCCUCGAGAUCCAAGUGAACAUUGGACCGACCCCCGCCUCCGGUUCUCCCUUCGCUGGACUGACCGAGCUCAGCUUGAACUGGCAGUUCCUCGAGAAGGUCUGGAAGCCCGACACGUUCUUCGUGAACGGGAAGCGUUCGUACCUCCACAAGAUCACAGUGCCGAACCGACUUUUACGACUGAGCAGCGACGGGACCCUGCUGUACUCUCAGCGGCUGACGAUCAAGGCCUCGUGCCCCAUGCGGUUGAAGCGGUUCCCCCUCGACACCCAGGUCUGCCCGCUCCAGGUGGCCAGCUACGGCUACAGGGCUCGGGACGUGGUCUACCGGUGGAAUUCCAAGUUGGUCAGCUUCGAGGAGGAACUCAGUCUCGCUCAGUACGACAUGGUGAACUGGACGUACGACUCCGGCGUGCUCGAGCCGACCGAGAUGUCCUUCGUCACGGUGUGGUUCCACCUGGAACGCCGGGCCGGAUUCUACAUCCUCCAGGUGUACAUCCCCUGCUACCUGAUCGUGUCCUGCUCCUGGGUCGGAUUCUGGAUCCACCGGAAAGACGCGCCCGGGAGGGUGGGACUGGGAGCGACCACGGUGCUCACCAUCACGACGAUGGGAUUCGUCGGGAGCCGGUCCACGAUCCCGAGGACGGGGAAGCCCACCUCCCUGGACUUCUUCUUCGUCAUGUGCUUCGCCUUCGUGUUCUCCUCGCUCGUGGAGUACGCCUUCAUCAACUACUUCGAGAGGCUGGGGAGGAUGGGGGGAGGGGCGGGCGGGGGGGCGAGGGGGGAGCGGGUGGACAUCUACGCGAGGCGGAUCUUCCCCCUCGCGUUUCUCGCGCUCAAUCUCGUCUAUUGGAUGGUGUCGUUGUACGGGGCGUCGGACGAGAUCGAGCUGCCGGAGUCCAGGCCGGAUGCGGUCGGGUGA